UUCUGAUUUCUCUGCCGAGCUUGUUAAUAUGCCUGCUAUUGUUGCCCCGUUUACUUCUGUUCCUGCUGAGGUAGAGUGUACUUCUGGUAGCAAUACCAGAAAUGUUUGCACUGCCCCUGGAGCAGAAAUCAUCACCUCUUUUGACUUUGAAAGCCCCAUUCUUAAUGGUCCAACUGAUUAUGUUUCUAUAGAAACAGUGCCUACAGAUUGUGUUUCUGAUAAAGCUGAUAGAAAUGGCCUUAUUGAUUGUGGUUCCGCCGAAGUUGAAGCCUAUGAUGAAGCCUUAGUGAAUGCCUUUGCAAAUGCAUUAUCUGCAGGUCCUGGUCCUAAAGUUGAUACAAUUGAGUCAAUAAUUGGAAAUGAAGAACCUCGUUCUGAUCCGUCUAUUGAAACUGACACGGCUUAUACUACACUUGAUCAUCCCCUGUCCUAUGAUGCUACUAUGAUGAUACUCAGUCAGAGGACCCCUCGGUUAUCACUAAGAACCAAUUUCCUAUUGUUGUUUUUCACCGGAUUAUCCGAUUAAUCUGCUACUAUGUUUCUUUUUACUGCUACUUUAGCUAUCUGAGUUUCAAUGUUAGUUUGUUUCAGUUUUUUUGGCAUUCUGAGAUUAAUUGCAUUCUGGCCGAAAGGAAUUUUGUUCACAAAUGAAGUUUAGAAUACCCAACCCCUCAAAGGAUAUGUGCCAAGGCUCCAGGAAUGGAUCCUUAUCACACUUCAUGGACUGAAACACUUUGAUAGGGAAGAUGGGUAGAAGGCGACAACCCACCUCUUGUUGAAUUGCUUGAGUUUUUUUUUUAUCCAGCUGUGCAAAGAGCAGUUGCAGGCGUCUUGAUGACACUGGCAUUCAAAAAUGAUGAGAAUAAGAAUCAGGUUUGGAAUUUUGUAUAUUUUUUGCUAUGGAUACAUGUGAAUUGAUUAUGGAUAUUUUUUGCAUUUGAUAGUUUAAGAGAUAGAAGUCGGUGGUGCUAAUGAUAACGAUUCAGAUCAUUGGGGAAAGAAAGUAGAGGCGGGAAUGGGAAUGCUACUUCAACAAAACCCAAGGGCGGGUCUAAUCUUUUCGGGGAAACUAGGCCCAGGGAAGAGGUGUUAAAGGAUAAGGGGUAGGGCUGGAAGGAGAUUGACCAAAAGCUGGGGUCUUUAAAGGUUACCGAAGUUGCUGAUUCUUCUUGAUCCAGGAAGAAUAGCUUUGGGAGCAGCAGUUGACGUUUCUACUCUCCUGAGGGAAGAAUUGAGAAGAGUUGGAGGAGAUGGUGCUCGGCCUUCGAGGUAGUGCAACAGGCAUUCCUUAUCUUUUAUUGAUUCAUCAAUUAUUAAGGAGUAUAGUUAUUAUUAUUAACAUCACUAUCCUAAUUGAUUGGGCAUUACUUUCGCUUCCAGUUUUCUCCCCCGCAUUGGGCCUGACCCACGCGUGAUCUUUUGUCCAAAAUAUUUCCAGUGAACUCACCUGAAAUAACUUCGGGCCUGCUCGCUUAAAUUGAGUUCAGUCUUGCACUGAUGGAACAAAUGCUUGCUUUUACGAUGUAACAGUGUUGGAACAAUGCUUGCUUUUAUGUUUCUUACUUACUUCAGUUGUCCCUUUCGCAUAUUAAUUUUGCAUUCCUUUCGUUCCCAAAUUUUGUACCUCCCAUUGGGCAUGACAACCGCGCAACGCGCGGGUCGCCGCUAGUAUAUAUAUAUAUAUAUAUAUGCAUAAGAUCAAUGUAUGUGAUAUAAAUAAAAAGAGUAUAAUAAAAAGAGUAUACUGAAUAUAAGAAAA